CGUUCGCUCUAUAGGAUACGGGGAUUCCUGUAGUGAGGUCAAAUCUUGAUAAAAUUUUAGAGUUUAGUCCCGCUGCGUGUGUCGUAUUGUAAACACCAUACUGCUGUGUGUCUCUCGCGGUGUGAUCCGCAGUAGUUCGAAUCUAGUACUCCGCCGUUAAACAGUGUGUUAAAUGUGCAAUUGCAGUGCCACCACGGCAUCACGGUGAUCGCAGCGUGAGGAAAAGUUUUCGUGCGUUUCGUGAGUGUUUGGGGGUCGUUUCGCGCCGCGUUCUGAUUUCAGGCCUACUAACGGAAAAAUAGUGAAAUGUGGUGUGAAAUGCAGUGACAGAAGACAAAACGAUCGAUAGAUGUGUGUUUACUGGCACUCGAAGUACAGUAAGUGACAAAAGUUUUGUACCGAAUCAAAAACGAAAAUAAAAGCAGUGAAGUGAUUGUGGUGUGUUCCAGGAUGAUGAUGAAUGCAUUUAUGGACACUGCGUCGACAGCACAUCAUUCUCAUUUGGCCACGUUCGGGAUUAAGAUGUCUCCGGAUCAUCUGGAGCAAAGUGACGUUGAAAGCACCAGCACCGGUAGCAUGUUGCCCCCGUCCACAGGAAGUUCCAACACGCAGAGCGAUAUGUUGGCCUCACAGUCCUUCUAUCAAUCAUCGGCCAACGCCGGUAGUGCUUACAACUCCCAUCACCUGUCCCCACCGUCACACAUGAGUCAUAUGGCUCCGUACCACUCGAGGGAUUUCCUGGCGUUGAAGCGCGAUAAUGAUUACUUCAGUUCUUCGGUGGCCGGUGCCACGGGGGAUCCCACCGCACUAUUUCAUCAUGCCCAUCCCGUCGCCCAUGAAAAUUUGAACCACCAUUCGGCCACUUCGCUGAGUAAUCACCACUUUCACCAGCACCAAAUGCGGAUGGGUCUGCCAGCGGAUUACGCCCAUCCUUACCACCAGAGCAAUUACCCAUCGGUACACCAUCAGCACCUGGCGAACCUUCCGGUUAACCCGGGCACUUCGGGGGCCUUCUUCCGAUACAUGCGACACCCGCCAUCAAUCAAGCAGGAGAUGCAAUGUCUCUGGGUGGAGCCCGAGCUACCUCCGCACCAUCUGGGAUUAGGAUUGUCCGCGAUUAGUGCGGCAGCGGCUGCGGCCGCCGUCGAUGGAAGCCGUAAAACGUGCAACAAAAUCUUCCACUCCAUGCAGGAAAUCGUCACCCAUCUGACGGUGGACCAUGUCGGGGGGCCCGAGUGUACCACCCAUGCCUGUUUCUGGCUCGGAUGCACCCGCAACGGUCGACCGUUCAAGGCCAAAUACAAACUGGUGAACCACAUCCGUGUGCACACGGGUGAGAAACCGUUUCCCUGUCCGUUUCCUGCCUGCGGCAAAGUGUUUGCCCGCUCGGAGAACCUCAAGAUCCACAAGCGAACUCACACCGGUGAAAAGCCGUUCAAGUGUGAGCAUGAAGGAUGCGAUAGACGAUUUGCUAAUUCAUCAGAUAGAAAGAAACAUUCACACGUCCAUACAUCUGAUAAGCCGUAUAACUGUCGUGUUAAUGGUUGUGAUAAAUCUUACACUCAUCCAUCAUCGCUGAGGAAACAUAUGAAGGUCCACGGAAGUUUGGGAGAGAAGUCACCAUCGCACAACUACGACAGCGAGGGCGAGGAGUCCAGCUCGGAUAGCAUCAUAACGGGAGGCACUCAGACACCGCCGUCGAUCAGCCGUCUUCACGAUAGUCACAACUCGAGCAAACACAGCAGUGAAUCGAUCAACAAUAACAACAACAACAGCAGCAGCACCAGCAACAACAACACAAAAUCUCCCUCCUCCAGUCAUUUGCUGUCGCCCGUCGGAGCCUCUUCGACGCCAUCCUCGACGAACAGCGCCCUCUCACACCUGAGCCAAAACCAGCAUCACAAUUUGCACCACUCGCACCACCAGCACUCCCACCAUCACCACCUGCAGAACCACCCGAGCAGUUUAGCGCCACCCCAACUCCAGCUGACUCCGGCCUCAUCCGUAUCUCCUCAGGCUAGCGCGACGGCUUCAUCGAUGCUGGUUGGCCACCAUAACCAUCCGCUGCUGUACCACCAUCCGCAGCACCAUCCUAACGAUUGGUACGCCCCAACGCCUCCAUCCGGACCGGACACAAUGAAUCACCUGAACCACUUCAGCCACCAUCAUCACCAUUUGGUGCAUCACGGGCCCACGACGGCCUAUUGAGAACAACUGUUGCUCGAUGAGCUCUGUUUCAACUACUGAAACAGUGAUGGCGCUGCUGUGAAGCCCACUAAACCCGCUUUAAUAUCACCACGCAUGUAUUUGUUCCAUCCACACUCACACCCACAAACGUAAGAAUCUCAUCUCUACUUCUAAAUGGAAAUACGUAACCCUAAAGCAAACCAAAAAACCACUCUAGAUUGUAAAGGAGAAAGUUCGUGGGAAAUAAUAGAAAUCGGAUGAAAAAAUCUACCAUUUUGUGCCUGCUUGAACGCUCACACAACAACUGCAACAGAAGAAAAAACACACAAACACAACUGAAACAAACCGAUCGGUUCUAGUAGGCGCUGCGAAGCAACAAAUCGCUGUCAAAAAAAAUUCCUCUGUAAAUAUGAAAACCACAAUCGAAAAACAAAACCAACAAAAAUCUGUGUGAUAUGAAUUUUCCCGCUGAAGUGAAAAAAAAAGAUAGAAGGAAACCAAUAACAAAUGCGCGACAAAUUUCGCUUACUUUUUUUUUCUCGUGUACAUAAACUAGCGAAUCAAAGAAUGAUUUUUUCAUCGUUUCUUAAUUGUGUAUAAAUUAGGUAUACCUAUAAAUAUAAUUCGAAGCAUGCGCGCGCGUCGAGCAGACAAUUGGUUGGCAAUGAUAAGGCUUAGGACACCGAACCAAAAAAAAAAAAAAAAUAAAACGCACGCAAGCGCACUUUUCAUCGAUGUUUGUAAAAAAGAAAAAAAAACGUAAACAAAGUAACACACAGUUCCGCGGAGAACUCGCGAAACUUGCAGUCCAAACAAAAUUCCACACGGAAAACCCCCCUUUUUCGGUGGCUUCGUUCUUUGUUCUGCUGACGCAAUUCUUACCGUUUUAUUCCUAGGAACAUAUAGAUGCGUAAGGUUGAAAGUUUAAUAUAUUGUAUAUGCAAAAAAGUUUAGCGAACAAUUAGUCUAAGGCGAGAUACGCUCCCUAUUUCAAAGCAAGGUAAAUUAUAUACUUAAAAUUUAAACGAAAGGUAGCUAUUAUAUAAAUAUAUUUAAAAUAUAUUCAAUAUACCCGGGGGGUGCGAGGAUUCCCGCUCCCGACCGACCCCUCGUGCGGAGUUGUUUAGAGCUAAUAAACAAUAAAAAUUAA